CCGCGCGGGAAUGGUCGCUGGGCGGGCUGGGGGUUGGACCGCUGCGAGCAAAACACGGCAAAAGACUUUUAAAUGUCCGCCAUGUUGGCCAUGGCGCACUGAGCCAACGCUAGGGAGCGGAGCGCCGGAAAGAAACAGUCCGAGAGAGAGCGACCGAGAUCCGGGCCUUCCCCCGGCUCCGCUGGCGACGCCCUACAUACAAGCUACAAGCAUUCGAACGUCAGAAUAGCGAUUAACCGCACAGAAUCAUCCAUGAAAGCUUCACUCGUCACCGCGGUGAAUAUUAGGACAUCUUGUAGACAUCUUUUGCGUGCGGACUUGUGAAAAAAUGAGUAAAUUGUCGUUUCGGGCGCGGGCGCUGGACGCUACCAAGCCGCUACCCGUCUUCCGUUGUGAGGAUUUACCAGACCUGCACGAAUAUGCGUCCAUUAAUCGGGCAGUUCCGCAGAUGCCAACCGGGAUGGAGAAAGAAGAGGAAUCGGAGCAUCAUCUCCAGCGGGCAAUCUCAGCACAGCAGGUCUAUGGCGAAAAACGGGACAACAUGGUCAUCCCGGUCCCGGAAGCAGAGAGCAACAUCACCUACUACGAUGCGCUCUACCCUGGGGAUUACAAGAUGCCAAAGCAGCUAAUUCACAUACAGCCUUUCAGCCUGGACACGGAGCAGCCGGACUACGACCUGGACUCGGACGACGACGCCUUUGUCACCAAGUUGAAAAAGAAGAUGGAGAUCAGCCUCCUGCAGUUUGAGGAGAUGAUUGAUCGGCUGGAGAAAGGCAGUGGACAGCAGCUGGUUAGUCUUCCCGAGGCCAAACUGCUCCUCAAGGAAGAUGACGAGCUCAUCAAGGAGGUCUUUGACUACUGGAGCCGUAAGAGGAAAAACAGCAAGGCCCUAUCACUCAUCAACAUCAUCAAGCAGGAGAAGCGGGAUGGCUCUAGCACCAGCGAUCCUUACGUGGCCUUUCGACGGCGCACCGAGAAGAUGCAAACCAGGAAGAACCGUAAGAAUGACGAGGCGUCCUAUGAGAAGAUGCUGAAACUCCGCAGGGAUCUCAGCCGAGCAGUCACCAUUUUGGAGAUGAUCAAGAGGAGGGAGAAAAGCAAGAGAGAGCUGCUGCACCUCACGCUGGAGGUCUUUGAGAAGAGGAACGUCAUGUCAGACUUCGGCGGUGAGGUUCUAGCCGAGGUUCUUGCAGAGCGAGCUCUGGUGAGGCCGCAGAUUAUUCCCCUGGUACCACUCACCAACCAGUACCACAUGGACCACAAGGAGUACAAGUCCAAGCCUGACAAGACCGAAGUUCCUCGUCAGAAGAGGAAAUACGAGAAGAAACAGAAGGUGUUGCCUCUGUCAGCCGUCACCUCCCACCACCACGGUCCGGCUGUGUUCAACGCCAAGGAUCUCAACCAGUAUGACUUCCCCAGCUCGGAUGAAGAGCCUCUGUCUCAGCUCCAUUCAGGCUCAUCAGAAGCCGAGGAGGAGAAUGACCCAGAUGGCGCAUACGCCUUUCGCAGGAAGGCCGGCUGUCAUUACUACGCUGCCCGUCAGGAUCGAGUGGGCAGCUGGCCAUGGUCAGCGGGCUGGGAGGGGGGCCUGGCAGGAGCCCGUUACCGCUACAGUCUCACCACGCUCACGGUGCCACGGCGGUGCCAGGGUCUGGCCCGGCGACGCGUGGGUCGAGGGGGCAGGGUCUUACUGGACCGAGCGCACUCAGACUAUGACAACGUUUUCCACGAACUGGACCCUGAUAUGCUCGACCCGCCUGUUCCAACGAGUCCGCGUUCGCCAGCCGCCAGCAAGUUUGCCAGUACCUCAGAAACAAAUACCUCAGACAGAAGCUCCCCCCCGCCCUCCCCUUCGUCGCACACGGACCUCAGUCGGAUUCUUUUGAACAUAAAGUCGUGCCGAUGGCGGCACUUCAGACCACGGACACUACCACUACACGAGCUGGACAACGCCCACCCUCUGUUCCGCAGGCUGAGUCGAGGCAUCAAGCGCCCGCUCUCCGCAUCUAACUCUGGACUUCCCUCUCAGCGCCCUGGACGGGUCGUCCCCCCUGCCCCGCCCCCUAUUGCUUUAACAGCUGAGCAGUUCCAGCAGCACCAUGAGCAGCUGGUCCAGAUGCAGAAGGACCAGCUGGAGCAGGUCCAGCAGCAGCAGCAGCAGAAGCAGCAGCAGCAGAAGCAACAGCAACAGCAGAAGCAGGCCAACAGUGGCACCACUGCCAACAGCACACAGGUCGCAGCCAACAUGUUGGACCAGGCCAACGCUCAGUUCGCCGCCUCAGCCCUCAUCACGGCUGACCAAAUUCUGGCUCUGAAAACCAAGGAGGAGCUGAGUCUGGGAGGCGGAGUCAAUGGCGUCCUCUCCCCCUCAGGUGUCUACAAGGGCUUGCACCUCUCGAGCACAGUCUCCCCUUCCCUCGCCGCCCCGGCACCGCCCACCACUAUGUCCACCUCCACCUCGCUGCACCCAGGCACCACCACCAGCUCCACCUCCACGCCCGCUAAAAACAACAACAACAAUGGCACCGCCCACCUCGCUAGCGCCACAACCACUAACGCCACUCAGGCCCCACUGGGGAACAGCAACAGCCUGCGCCUGGGCCUACCCGUCGGCAAACGAGCCCAUGCCCCCCGGACGCUGAGCAGUACCAUGUCAACAUCCGCCUUAAAGCUCGCGCACGCAGCAGCCGCCACCGCUAACUGUCAGAAACCCAAGGUCACCUCCGCUUCUGCAUCACCGCUAGACAUGGUGCCCAGGGACAACCACGAGCAAGACAAGGCGCCGCUCAACAGUCUGUCCGAGAACACAAUGGCCAUGGAGGUGACGUAGCCAGCGGACUCAUCUUAGUUUUUUAGGUGCUAUGCAUCGUCCGUUAGGCUUGAAUGCAAGCGGCGGCGGCGGCGGACUGAGCGCAGCGAGGCUGUUUCUGCGGCGACUGCUCCGAGAGCCAAUUGCGAUGCUCGUCUGAUAUAUACCCCCUCCCCCCUCCUGCCCCCAUUUCCAUAUUUGUUACUGUUAAUAAGAGAUUGUCUGUAAAUUCUUAAUAUGGCAAUUAUAUGUACAGUACUGAAUAUUUGUACCCCCUCCUUGUAUAUAACAUUACUUGAAUACAGAAUUGUUCAUUUGUGAUGUUUUGCACUCGACAUAUUGAAAAAAAAAAUCCAAAUUAAAGAGAACAAACUGCA